GCCGAUCACUGGCGAGGAAAGUCAACGUCAGCAAGGUGGUGCCAUCGCCGCCCUUCACUCGCACGAGGGACGCUGGAGUGGAUUGGUGGGCAAAGAUCGCCUUCUUGCUGGAGGAGUUGGACAGGGCCUGUGCGAAGACGGAGCCUCCGAGGUGCAAAGAGGAGUGCGCGAAGCUGGCCGGCAGUAUGCAAAGGAUGGAGUGCUACUCUCAGUGCUCGGCAUUCUCUCAAUGGGCAGAGAGGCAGUACAUCUCGGCACCUGGGAAGCUGUUCCGCCUUGUUAAGUCCUUGGAGAUCGGGCGGAUCGAGCAGCUACUCUCUACGGCCACGGACAACGCCGAGGCAAACCCCUUCCCUGUCUUCGACAUGGACACGCUAGAGGAUGGCACCAGGAAGAUGAAGGGGUCAUCGGCGAAAGGCAUCGAACAACUUGGGAAGAAGGAUCUUGUUUGGCUACCUGAGUCGGGCAAGCAAGAGUUGGUCUACUUAUUCCAGCAGAUCGAGCAGGAGGGUUGCACGGAAGCAGGUUUGGUCAUCUCACCCAAGUCCACUAUCGUCACCAAUCAAGUGGACCUCGGCAAAGCACUACAAAAGGGGUUCGAGAAGGAGGGCUUCGCGGUCAAAAUUGCCAGUGUGGCGACGGACUUCGGCAUCGACAGAGGCGCCGCUGGCUGUCUGCGGCCCAAGCAAGCACAGCGCCGACGUGGUGCAGCCGCUCGCUUCAAUCGUGUCAAGCGCUUUGCACAAGGGGCUGUGCGCAAGAAGAUUGGUGGGAAAUUGUCGAUGAUGGGUGUUUUACCUAUGGCGGAUUACUCGGGCAAAGUGUUUGGAGCAGCGCCAACCGUCAUCGACGGUUGGAGGAAGUCAUCGGGGCAGACUCUGGCGAAGAAGUGGCCAGGGCUGUGCCUUGCCACGCUGCUGCAGCUCCGAGUUGGCAGGAAGGACCCGCAGUGCCAGAUCGUGCGCAGGUUGAUUGAAUCCUGGAUGGCAGUUAUUUCCCAACCUGGGCUGGACCUGGAGCUUGCCCGACGCACCUGGAGGUCAGCGCGCAGGCGGAUUGAGAUGCGGGCGCAGAAGGAUAGGUGGAGGGGUAUCACUGGAGCGGCCUCGGCUACGAUUGCGACUGUAUUGGACAUUGGAUGGGGCCCAGUCGGACCUUGGGCGUGGAUUUCAGAUACCGGCGAAAGAUUCAUGGCACCCGACAGUACCAUUGGGCAAGGCCAGCAGGACAUGAGCGAGCUCAAGGAAGCCAUCUCCGACUCCAUCGACAGGAUGCUAUGGGCCAGGGCCUCCAGGCACUGGAAUGGCAACGGUGUGGACGAAGGUGCAGAUCUUCGCGACGCUCGGAGGCGCCUCAGCUCCCUCCGCAUGAAAGGUGAGCACGAGAUGGCAGGCGCGAUGGAAGCAGUGAUGACGGGAGCGUCCUGGAUUGGGUGGUCAUACCAGGUGAUCCAGGUCACGAGCGAUCCCGAGCUCGAUGUGAAGCUACUUUACUCGAGGGGAGGUGGGAUCCCCAAGAAGCAGACCAUCAACAGGGGUGAGACUACGGCGCUUCUCCGUGCAUUGGAGGACUUGCUUGAGUUGGGCAUGCCCAUGACCUUCGUGACGGACUCGGGGCAUGUACUCAAGGGGAUCACAAAGAUCUCCUCAGGACGGCUGCCUACCACCAACCUGGACCUUUGGUUGCAGGUGAAGCAGGCAUUGGUACGGUCCCCACAUAACCUCCAAGUUGUCAAGAUCGAGAGCCACAUGACCGUCGAGCAAGCCAAGCUGACCAACACCAACAUCGAGCACUACCUGGCCAAUGCUCUCGCGGAUGAAGCCGCGGGGUUCUGGGCUCGGAAGUGCGCAGUAUCGAGUGAUGUCGUUGCGGCAGUCGAACAUGCCGAAGCGAUUGGUCGAGCAGCGAGGAAGCAUUUGGCGAAGGCUUUCCUGGCAGCGGCAGAGGCGAAGCCAAGGCGUCUUCGACCAACACGUUCGAUGGCCAAGAAGUUCUGUCGGAAGGUGAUGAUGUCGGAACACCAGGUAUACAAUGGCAUGGGUACGGCAUUCCACUGCUCUGCUUGUGGUUGCAGCGCCAGCGGGAGGAAGCCAGAGAUAUUAUUGGAGACGCCUUGCUUGGGCGGAGUGGUCAAGGGUAGCAUCCAGCGGAUCGGCGACAUGGGCAUCAUGGCGCAGGGUGUUCCCAUCCACGAGCCGCACCUGCUUGGGUACUUCAGUGACAUGAAGAUCCACGC